AUGCCUCAUCCACACAAAACCACCCCGAGCACCGAUAUCUACGGUCCUGGGAGUUUCAUGGAUACGGAGUUCACUCCAGUUCCCCAGGAUACUGCUCGAAUUUUUGAGUAUCUUGCAAAGAACACUCCUGGGUUCACUCAAGACAAAGAGCUUUGGAAUACAGUCAAGUUUAAUGGUAGCGAACUACCGAUCAUUCCUGGUCCAAUCAAGGCCCCUCUCAUUGCAGCUGCCCUACAUGCCAUGUGUGGAGUUGUAGCCCACGAAAUUGUCGAAGGUCGUGAUGGCACAUCGGCACGUACCCAGCAGGUCACCGUCAACACCGAUCAUGCUGCUAUCUGGUUGGGAAAUAUUUUUGCGGCUUCCGUCGAAGGGAAAGACGUGCCUGAACUGUUAAGGUCGCGUCAACUGUCAGCUCUUUUCCCGCAGGAUUUCGAGCACGGCUGUAUGUCCACACCGAUAAAACAACGAACUACUGCUAUCUACAAGACAAAGACGCCGGGGGUUUCGUAUCAACUUCACGGUUCUCUUGAUCCCAUGCCAGUCCUGCAAUCCAUGGGAAUGGAUCCUAAUUACCCUGCCAAGACGUUCGAUGAAGCUUAUGACUACAUCAGCCGGCAUGUCGAGCAAUGGACCGCAGACGAGUUGGAAAUGCAUAACGUCAAGAACGGGUUUUGCGGCAGCAUCUGCUUUACACCCCAAGGGUGGUUAGACACGCUGAUGGGAAAGACCCUUGCGAGUCACCCACUAGUCGGCUACUCUCGACAGUCGCAUGCAAUUCCGACUCCUCCAAUUCCCUUGCCUAAUAUCUCGGACGAUAAGCGGCCCCUAGCAGGUAUCAAAGUGAUUGAGCUGGUUCGCAUCAUUGCCGGUCCUGUCAUUGGCUCCACCCUCGCUGCUUUCGGUGCCGAUGUCAUUCGCGUGAACUGCAGCCGCUUGGUAGACCUUAAUGCUUUACAACUUACCCUAAACAUAGGGAAACGCACUAUCGAUAUUGAUCUGACCAAGGACGAAGAUAAGGCACGACUGCGGGAACUCAUUGAGGGUGCCGAUGUUUUCGUUCAAGGCUUCCGCCCCAAUGCAAUCGCAAGAAAGGGCUUCGGCGUCAACGAUCUCCUCGAGAUGGCCGGAAACCGUGGUAAGGGGAUAGUGUACGUCGAGGAGAACUGUUACGGCUCCGACGGGCCUUACCAUGAACGACCUGGCUGGCAGCAGAUUGGGGAUGCAGCCUCAGGAUCGUCCUACGUGAUGGGCCGGUCUUUAGGCCAUACGGAUGGUUUGGGCAUUCUUCCACCGCUUCCAAUCUCUGAUAUGACCACUGGUCUUGUGGGUGCUGUGGGGGCUCUUAUGGCUCUCCGGGAUCGGGCUCAACAUGGUGGCUCAUAUCGUGUGACAAGCUCUUUGGUGAAGGCAGAUGCGAUUUCACUGGAGCCCGAGAUUGGUCUUUACUCGCCGGAGGUUGUUGAACGGAGCAAUCAGCUGUUCAAAUGGGAUCCCAUCAGCCCUGCCUAUUUUGUCGCGGAGAUCCUUCUCAUCGUCAUGGAUGGAUGGAAGAGAGUUUUCCCUCAAUAUUUUGAAGAAUCUGGAACUGAAUCGCUCAUGACCAGUUUCCAAGAUGGGCCAUUUGGCCACAUGACCACCCUGAAGCCUGUGGUCCAGUUGAGCGAUUCGAGCAUGACACCGCGGUGGUUGACACCCGCGGUUCCCUACUGUUAUCAUCCUCAAAACAUAGAAUGGCUGUAA